CAUAAACUUUAAAAUGACCUCCAGAUCAUUAGAAUCGCAUCGUUUGUUUACGAGAUAUCUAAUAUUUUGUGGCGACUCCCCUCCUGCCCCACCCAUUAUAGAUUUUCUCCAUUUCGGUCGGGCUGAAAAACAGUUUCAUCCGUUUCUAUAAAUAGAAAGUUACAUUCUUGCGUAUCCGGACAUGACCGAUAUGUCCCGACCCCACUCCGUGGGGGCGACAGAGACAGGUUUUCCUGGUGCAGCGUCACGGUGGGCGGGACUCUGAUUGGUUCUCUCGGUUACACUUGCCUUCUCAUUGGUCGUUUCUGGCAUUUCGUCGUCACUACGUUAUGUCGAUCGGGCUCUAGAGGGGGCGUAGGGGGAUGCGCGGGCUGUGGUGCGCAGCAAAUUGUUCUCCAGUCAGCAGAACGACUGGGACUUGGUCUGCAAAGACACGAGAUUCGACCAUUUUAUCAUUUGCCAUAUUUUCCGUUCACGCGAAAUUAUUGAGAAUUGAGGAAAAAGGAGAUUCGCUUGUCGAGACGAUCAGGAAUUAUUGGAGAUACUAAUUGGUCUCGGGGGUGGAUUAAACGUAUUUUAGAGGGAAAUAUCAAAUUAAUUCGUCUAGAUAUUGCCACCCAAAUGCAGUUAGAUUAAUUUUAUCAUUAUUUCGAGUACUAUGAUAGAUUGCAAUGAUUUUAGUCAAUCAAAGAACGCUCGUCUAGACUGAUAUAAAGAGUGAAUUUUUUUUAUUAACGAUGCCACGCAUUGACCCGUUGGCGUUGCUCAACUGCCUGAGCGUUUUAUUGGGCCCAAGUGGGGGUAUCAAGGGGGCGAAGGAGGUCGAUCGUUUGGCCACACUUAUGACCAAAUUUUCAAAGAAACUCGUGUCCAAAUGCAUCUACAUUCAAAUAUUAAAGACUACAAGUCCUGAUUUGCUCAACCAAUUUAUGAGCACAGGUGGUUGGGACCUGAUUCACGUAUGGCUGACAGACGCAAUUCUCGCAAAAAACUGGGCUCUGAUUCAAGAGCUCCUGGAACUUCUUCUGCUAUGUCCAGUGGACAUAACUCGUCUGAAAUCCAACAACAAUCCAAAAUUGAUAAAAGGCCUUUCGAAGGAGGGAAGCAACCAAUGUGUGAGAUUGAUGGCCUGUAGCCUCGUCGAGCAGUGGCUGAAGAUAGUCAAGGACUCAGUGCCAUCACCAGUGGAACCCCAGCCAACGAUGCCACCUAGUCAAGCGAUUUCUAGUAAUCAGCACCUGGGCUUAAAAGCAGACGCCGAGGAGACGAAAGCAAAAGAUAAUGGCGUCGUGUCAACAGUCAAAGUGCAGGAUUUAGAGGUGGCUGAGGUUCGCUUAGCACCUGUUAAUCAACAACAACAACAGCAGACGUCACAAUUAAACGAUAAAAUAUCCAUACAAUCUGUUCAAUUACAAAUUGUCAAUAAAACACUACCGGGGCAAACGCAACCGAUGCAAAUUAAAAAACAAUCGUUUGUCGUGGUAUCGAAUUCAUCACAGCAUCCACCAUCUGUACCAGUUUAUAAAAUAACGAUACGUGAUGGUAAACAAGUAUUGACAAAAGUCGAGACUGAUGCUACUAAUAUACAAAGCAUUAUUAACGAUAGCCCUAAGAAUGUUGAUAAUACUGAUACUGUGGAUGAUAACGAUGUUGUUGCGAGGAGUGAGUGCGAUAAUGGUGAUGUGGAGGGUAGUGCUGUAGAGGAUACGAAGAACACUGAUGGGACUAUUUCAAUUAGCUUUAAGGAAGAUAAUGUAGAUGUGAAGGAUGUUAAAGAUUGUAGUGAUAGUAAGUCUAGUAAUGACAAGGAGAAUAGGGACGAGUUGAAGAAAGAGGAGAAAACAGGAGUAGAGAAGAAGACCCAUCACAGCUCGAAGAGUGGAUCCAAGCAUAGCUCAAGCUCAAGGUCUAGCUCGCACAGAUCACAUAGAUCCAGCUCCAGCAGUUCCAAGGGGUCUUCUAGUAAGUCUUCCAGGGACAAGGACAGACACCACUCCAGCAGACACUCCAGCAGCUCCAAGGGAAAGUCCGAUAGAGACAAGGAGAGGGAGAAAGAGAAGAUGAAGAAGGAUCAAGCGGAGAAGGACAAGGCCACCUUGGAGAAGGUGCAGGGACAGUCGUUGUCCACGAAGUUUGGAAAAAUUCCCAAGAAAAAGAGUGACGAGGAGAAGACUGACAGUUCGGUCAGAAAAUCAUCGACUGACUCCAGGGACAGCGCCAAGGAGAACAAGGAUAAGACUGAUCCCAAGAAGUCACCGGUUCAGGGGGUUCUUGAGAAGAAGAAUAUAUCGAUUUCCAUUGAGAAUAGAAAGAACUCGUUGGAUUCCGCGCGUCCUAAAACUGUGAAGACUUUUAAUUCGAAAUUUAGGUCCACCGGACUGGAGGAGGAGGUCAAGCCACCUCCACCGAGAAAUGCAGCGAAGAAACCAGCAGGGCCAAGUGUAAAUGAUAAGAAGGUGGUUUUGCCACCCAAGAUUCCUUUGAAAAGGCCUUCGCCGUUGAGAGAGACGGCUAUUGCUGAUAAGAGGGCCAAGCUGACCAUUGAUGUCCCUGUGCCUACCCUCGGCGAGGACAAGAAGGGGGCCAUUAAACUUAUCCCAGCUAAACCAAAACCUAUGGUCCUCCAGGAGAGUGAUAUGUUCAUGGACGCUUUAACGGCAUCUACGAAGAGCAAAGAGCCGAGAAAACGAAAGAGGCGGAGUUCACUGUCCAAGGAUGACAAGGCAGAUGGCAAAAAAGAUGCUAAGGAGACAACACCACCACCAGCAUCGCCAACGGGGGCCGAUGAACGCUCCCCGAUAUCGAUAAAGCCGGACUUCAAAUUUUAUCAAGACACUCUGGAGACCGACGAGGACAAAGAAGAGAAAGACAAGGACUCUCCGGACUCCGAGAAGGAGGACGACUCCAAAGACCUCUCGAAGUCGGAUACAUUCGAUGAGGACGAGGGCAGCCGAACGCCGACCAACGAGGAAGAAGUGGAGGAUUCAAAGGGUCCAGCAUCGCCGGACGAUACCGAGGAAUUCCAACGGCCACCAUCCAGCCCUAACCCGGAGAUACGAUACGUCGACGGUUUACGAAGUGUUCUCCUCUUGCAGAAAAGAAAGGGCCCGAAGAAGAGCCUGAAAUGGAAGGAGGAGCUGGAAUCAGUGAGGUACUUCGAACUAGACGAAACGGAGCGCGUAAACGUCACCAAAACUUUCACCGACAUGAAACAAAUGGAGAAACAGGGCGAGAGAGAGGCCUUCCAGAUGGCGAGAAAGCUCCACAACGAGGAUGUGAUGGAGGAGAGAACGAGGUGGAGGAUUCUCAUUCCUAUUGAUCUACCACCGCCCCUAGUUGAGCCUGGCAAGGAGUCCAAGGAGAAGGACAUUCAGUAUGCGCGGGAAAAGGGAAUACUUCAGGCAUUGUAUUUCAACCGUGGAAUGAUACCGGAUUCAGCAGCUGAACCCGAUGAGGAGAGGCACCACGUGCUGGUGGACCCCAAGAUCAUCCCCCUGGACGAUCUCACUGGGAACAAGGAGAGUGAAAAAGACUUCACGAUGGUACCAUGGCCAGAGCCAAAGCCAUCGCUGAUUUCCCCGGCUCCUCCAGUGGUGCCCACCGUCUAUCAUCAGAGUUUUACUCAUCCCCCGGGAAUGGCCUUGCCCCAGGGAAUGCCUGCACCUCAGAUGCCCAUGUCCAUGGGACAGAAUGUGCCCCCUGGUAUGAUGGGAAUGAAUCACAUGGUUCCGGAUGUUGGCGCUGGCGGAUGGAGAACUGGAGAUGGCAAAGUCGUUGUUCCUGAUGUCAAUAUGCCUGGAAUGAACAAUAUGCCGAAUAUGACGGGUUUCCCACCUCCCAAUAUGAUGCCUCCACCUGCCAUGUUCAAUCAUCAAGGGCAUCAUCCUGGCCAUCAGAAUCCUGAAAGUUUUCCACCUAUGAUGAUGGACGAUGGAAACUAUGUUGGACAUAUGCAGAAUAAUUUUCAGGGACCAGCGAUGUUUGGACCUGGCCCUAAUUUUCAGGGACCACCUCCCCGGCCUGGUAUGCGCGGGAGAGGAGGACCUGGGUGGUUCAGGGGAGGAAUGGGACCCAUGAGAGGUGGCUGGCCGGCGAGGGGUAACUGGAGGGGAGGCAAACAACCACCAGUUUGCCGACAGUUUACGAAAAAUGGAUUCUGCAGGGUUGGGGAUAAGUGCCAGUAUCUACAUCCUGGGGUUAAUUGUCCACCUUUUUGAGGAGGGCUAUGGGCGGGCGGAGGGGUGGUAUGAAACCACUCGGUUCCACGGUUUUUUUUAAUUGGGGGUAUGUGGGAGGGAUUCGAGAGCUCUUCCACGGAGAGAAAUGUAUGAAAAUUGUAUUUUUCAGGAGAAGGGGGUUAUGGAUUGGAAAAAAGUGUUUAAAAGUUCUGUUCAUUUGGAGACAGGCAGAAACCGGUUGAGCGUUAUCUGAAAAAAGAGUCAUUUUAAAGACCCGUUUGGAAAUACGAGGGGGAACAGAUGGGGACGCCAUCUUCUUUGAGUAUCCCGGUGAGAAUGAUGAUCCUCAUAUCGUAUUUUAGCAAUAUUUUUUAAAAGUAAUGGGAAAAUCUGGAAAAUUUAAUUAGAAUAGGGGAACCGACCUCAAAAUUCUUUUAGAAAAAUUUCAAAAAUACAAAGGGGUUCACAGAUGCCGGUGCCAUCAUCUGGUUUCUUCCUCGUUCUAUGAAAUUUCUCGUUACAUACAAAUGACCUAUCAAUAGCUCACGAAUAAAUAAUAAGAUUUAAAAAAGGAAACAAUUUUUUUGAUCAUAGAAAUUUUAGUACGUUUCUGGAAUAUCUCGGAAGCGAAACAGCAAGAUACUAUUCAUUUAAACGAAUUAUACAAAAUACAUUUUGAUACAUUUCUUUUCUACGUGGCUUCGACUCAAUAAUCGUGCAAUCAGAAGUGGAGAUUAUUAUUGGGGUGUUGAUAAUGCGUUCUGUGAUAGGGUUAUUGCCUCGCCGGGUUCUACUGCCUCCCAGAGAAUAUUUAGAUGUUUCGAAGAAAUGUCGCUCCGAGCAUCAAUUUUUUAAAAAAUGUACAUAAGACGAUGCACUGUAUAUAGAACUAAGAUAAGAGACGGUUAUCAGAGUCUACUUCCAUGAGACUGUUAUUUUAGGGAUUAGGGGGACAACUGAGGGAAUUGUAAAGCACUGCUGUCACUUUUCGUUGAUGAAUACCAUGGAUCGAAGAAAAAUUGUAAUAUCAAUGAAUAAUUUAUUCUUAUUAUGCUGAAACAUGGAUUUAUUAAUAUAGUGAUUUGUAGCUUAUGUCUGUAUAGUUUGUGGUAAAUCUUAUAUAGGUAAAUUUAUUAUAAAACAGCAGGCGUUAUGCUGAUAUUAUCGUAAUUAACGUAUGGACAUUAUGUUGUUGGUAGACGACAAUGCUUGAUUGAUGAAAUACAUUGAUAAUUAUUUUUCAA